AUGCAGACUGCCGAUAUUGAUACCCAAUUAACAAGCUCGACUUCCAAAUUUCAAGCUGGAAAACCUAUUGAAAAAGCCCAGCCCCUGUCUGCCCAUCCCUCCCAGGCCACAGCGAAUGGUGAUUCUCCUACCAGAAAAGUGAUCACUCAGCAACAGGCAUCAAAUAAGUCAGGCUCCAAGCCUCGGAGCCUCGGGCUAAAUGUCUCAGCUAGGCCCGAUAGUUCUCCAUUGGCCAUACUAUUUAUGCCUCACGGGAAAUUAGAAAACGUCCAUUCUCGUAGUGGAAUGUCGACUCGCCCCGUUAAGUCUAAGCUCGGAAACCUAGAGUCUGCCAGCACUGAGCUAUCACAUUCUGCUGAGGCGACCGACCCAAGUCAUAUGCAAUAUCUGCAGCGGAGGGCGUCCAAUGCAGCAAAGUAUGGUAGGGCUGCCGCGGUGGCAGCGAGCCAGUCAAAGAAUGUUACCAUUGCUAGUACUUCACCAGUCGGGAUAUCGAGCAUUCGGAAUACGGUGUUAGCGGUAGAGACAGGAAGCAGCUCUGCCCAGCCUCCCCUUGUGGAAACAAGCCACGAGGCCGAUACUUCUCAGCAUACCGCAACAUCUCAUAACAUGAAUUCAAAUCUUCAUCAUGUAUAUGAAACCGUUGAGAAAUUAUCAGCUGGCGCUGCCCCGUUUUGGGACCUGUCAAAGUUCGUAUUUAGGUGCGCAAAGAGACCCUGCCCGAUGCGCUUCACAAAAUGGGACGGUAUCGCCGUCAUCUGUCCUCGGUGUGGACCUUUCUCGGCGAUAAGAUACUGCAGGAAGGAAUACUUAUGGGAGGAUAUCAAGUUACACUGGUUAGCUUGUGGCAAAUAUACGUUCAAUGUGCCUUGCGUACCAUUAUCUAUCCCGCCUGAAGUCCUAGCUGGCCCACCUAUGAUUCCAUUCAUAGAUGGCUGGAGCAGCCCUGAGCGACAUCGUCAGGCAGUAUGGUUCAGUACAGCCCAAAAAGAUGGAGACUACUUCAUCUCGCGGACUUGGAUGACCAGAAAUGCGAGGACCCCCGAGAGGCCAACCUACGUAGCCGUUGCUCGUCUCGAUUGCUUACCACUAUCAAAUGGGAGCAGCCGGGUCUCUGCUCUGGGGGGUUAUCUUUUUCAAAUGAUUCGUGACAAGUUGAACUCCCAGGGCCUAUGGGACGAGAGCAUUGACACCCAAGUUCAGCACCAGCUUAGGCUUGAGAUAGGUGUCGAUAUGAAAAUGCUUUGGCGCCAGAUUGGACAGAGAUACGCGUGCCUUACCGAAUGGACUGGUUUCCCUUAUAGUCAUUGCCAGGAUUCAACAUGCAUGUAUGAGCGUGCGAGAAAUAUGGGAUAUUCAGCUUGCGGCCGAGGGUUCGAGCGCGUGUGUCAAUAUAUGGAGUCCCAGUACUGGAUAAUUCGUGCAAACCGAACCACUCAUCCUAGAACGCAGAGUGUAGAGGCUCGGACACGCGGGAUUGGGUUACUUUGGAGGAUCGGCGAGUCUUCAGCCGCGGCGAGGGAUGGGAUGGGUGCAUGA